AUGGAGGGCGGGCACCCUCGCCCGCUAUGCACUCAUGACCGCCUGCCUGCACCCUCACCUCCCCACCCCCUCAUCCCCCAUCUUCCCAUGGCCAAGCGAGCAGCGAGUGCGGCCAUAUGGGGAGUCACCCUCGCGUGCUACGCCGCCAUGCUCGCCCUGCCUCGCCGCCUCUCCGGCUACAUCGUCUUCCUCACCGCCUUCGCCUUCCUCAUCUUCUGGUCUGCCCCCUCCCAUCCACUCCAUGCGCCCCUCCCAUGCGCCCCUCCCAUGCGCCCCUCCCAUGCGCCCCUCCCAUGCGCCCCUCCCAUGCGCCCAUCCCAUGCGCCCCAGCUGCGCCCCUUUUGUGUUUAUCUCAUUGUUUCACUCCUCUGCUGCACCUCACGCCCUGCUCUCCCCCCUUGUCCCGCUGCAUUUGUGUUUCUCUCAUCCAUCUCAACUCCUUCCCUCCUUUUCCUGCUCCAUAUUCCCUCCCCAAUGCUUCACCGCCUCAUGCUUUCAUGCUCCCAUCCCUCGUCCCCCAUACCCCCCAUGCCCCCAUGUCCUCAUACCCCUCCUCCCACCAGCCAUGCCACGAGUCUAGAUGCGAGUGCAUGGAGGCGGGGCGACAUAGACUUCACGGGAACACUCAUGAUCGUCACUCUCAAGCUCGUUGGGGCCGCCAUGGACUGCCAGGACGGCAGCAACGGGCAGGACGGCAGGGGGCAGCAGGACGGCAAGGGGCAGCAGGACGGCAAGGGGCAGCAGGACGGCAGGGGGCAGCAGGACGGCAGGGGGGAGCAGGAUGGCAAGGAGAAACAGGACGGCAGCCCACCGCGCGCCAGCAGAGCCUCCCCCAGCGCGCUCCCCCGCGUGCCCCCUCUGCUGCCGUUCCUGGGGUUUGUCUUCUUCCCCGCCGCCCUGCUCGUGGGGCCGCCCUUCCCCUUCGCCGCUUACCAAGACUACAUUGAGGGGCGCGGGGGGGAGAGGGAUGGGAGGGAUGAAAGUGGUGUGAGCGUGAGAGGGGCAGGAGGGGUGAGAGGGGUGGGAGGGGUGAGAGGGGUGAGAGGGGUGAGAGGGAUGGAAGGGGUGAGAGGGGUGGGUGGGAGGGGUGGGAGGGUUGGGAGGGGUGCGGAGGGGUGCGGAGGAGGUGAGGUCUCCACUCCCUUUUCAUACCAUGCUAUCAAACCACAACAGUCUUCAUCACAACACCUCAGCACCCGCUUUCAGCCUCCAUCAUCUCUCCCCCCUCCCCAUUCCCCCUCUCCAUUCCCCCCGUCUAUUCCCCUCCCUCCAUUUCUCCAAACCUCCCCUCUGUCCCCCCUCGCCCCCCCACUGGCAGCACUGGUCCGCUCUCUACCCUCACAAGCACCCACCCGCACCAGCCAGCCCUGCCUUCCCUCCGCGUGUGCUGCCAGCGUGCCGCGCGCUGCUCAAGGCGCUGCUGUGCCUCGCCGUCUACCACUCGCUCUCCCUCCUCCUCCCCCCCUCCGCGCUCACCCAACCCGCCUUCUUCGCGCGCCCCUUCCUCAUCCGGUGAGCUGCCCCUCCCCCUGCCCCUCCCCCUGCCCCUCCCCCUGCCCCUCCCCCUGCCCCUCCCCCUGCCCCUCCGCCUGCCCCUCCCCCUGCCCCUCCCCCUGCCCCUCUCCACCCACGCUGUGCUUCACUGCACUCACCUCACCUCUCACUCGCCUUGCUCUUCUCUCCCCCCACCACGCACGUGGGUGGAUGCACGUGGUGCUGUCGCUUACUGCUGGAUGUUCUACUACAUCUGGGCCCCUCUCUUCACAAUAUCAACUACCCCCCACCCACUCCUCACACCAGGCCAGGUGCGGGCAGGUGGCACUCACCCUGCUGGCCUAUCGCUGGAUGUUCUACUUCAUCUGGGCCGUCGCUGAGUGCGCCCUCAUCCUCUCCGCCUUUGGCUUCUCGGGCUUUAAGGCGGUAUCCACCAGCCGUGGGGCGGGUGAUCGGGAGGGGAAGGAUGGGGAGGGGAGGGAAGGAGAAGGCGGGCAGAAGCAGCAGCGGCUGGAAGCAGACUGGUUAGUCGGUUGCACAUUGGCUUGA